CUUCGGUUCAACUCGAAUAUCUGGAGGUACUGUGUUCGAUCCACAGAAGCGACAAUUUAUUCUAUUCUUUUGUUUUUUGGACUUUGCGUAGACAGCUGGGUGUGUUUUUGACCGUUUGAUGGUCCGGCCGCUCAUGUUGAGUGUAAUCGUCAGCACGCGGAUCGUGAGGGGUCACACAUCGGAUCGGGGUGUGGAGAGCGGAAUGGGCGGAUCGCGAGCGGACAUGCAUUGGAGAAUGCAGGGCUGAGGUUAGGCUUAAUGAUGGUGCAGCAGCAGCUUUCGUUCCUCGCUCUUGUAGCAUCUUCUCGCCCCAUAACUCAUAAGACAGACGGCGACGCAUUUUGAUCUAAGUGAAAACCAAACUCGUAUUGCAUCAGUCGAUCGAUCUCACCAUGUCGAACAUUACCUACAAAUCGGACUUUACGGGUGAUCCUAAACAACACGAUGUCUCGAAAUUCAGCGAGUCGAUGACGGGUACAUGUCUUUGUGGCAGCAUUAGUGUGACCAUUCAUGACAACGAGCUCUUCGGGGAUAAACCCCGCGGUCACUUGUGUCACUGCGUAAACUGUCGGAAAGUAGCGGGAUCAUUUGUGUCGUCGAACAUGGCGAUCGAGAAAGAGAAGGUCACGUAUGAGGAUAAGAAUGGGACGCUGAAAGUGUACGACGACUGGGAGACUGGAAGUGGCAAGAAGGUGAAAAGGUGUUUCUGUGGGAACUGUGGGUCGCCUAUCAUGAGUCAGCCCGACAUCUUCCCACACAUGUAUAUGCUGAAGAUGGGCAUGUUCCCAAGGAUUCCGAAGCCCGAGUGCGAGAGUUUUGCCGAGCACCGUCACGAUUGGCAGGGUAAGCAUGAAGGGCUUGAGCAGUAUGCACUCAUAAGGGGUCAGAAGAAGCUCGGGGAAUGA